AUGAAUGAGGCUGAGGCUGGGAUGUCCAAGGACAAGGAUAUUGAGCGGGGGAGUGAUGAGGCGGGAUAUUUUCUGACCAAUUCGUCUGUGAAGAGUUUCUCGUGGAGUGGAUUGAAUGUCACGGUUAAGGAUCGCCAGACUAAGGAGGCGAGGGACUUAAUUCAUGACAUUAGUGGCGAUGUCCAACAAGGGGAGAUGGUUGCUCUGAUGGGUCCCUCAGGAUGCGGAAAGACAACACUGCUUAACGUAUUAGCUCGAAGACCUCCUACCUCGGGUGCGCGCACUGGCGGCGAGACAUAUGUCAACGGGGCGAAGGUGGAAUCGCGAGAAUUCAGGCGCAUGACAUCGUAUGUCGAACAAGAGGAUGCAUUAAUCGGGUCAAUGACCGUGCGCGAGACGUUGAAAUUUGCGGCAGAUCUUUCAUUGCCUAGUUCCGUGUCGAAACGUCAGCGAAUGGAACGUAUCCGCAUCCUACUCGAGGCAUUCGGUAUCCAGAAUCAGGCAGACACGUUAGUUGGGACUCCGAUUCGAAAGGGAAUUAGUGGUGGACAAAAAAGGAGAGUGAGCGUGGCUAGCCAGCUCAUCACUUGUCCGAAGAUACUCUUUCUCGAUGAGCCAACGAGUGGACUUGAUUCGACGGCUAGCUUUGAGGUCAUAUCAUAUGUGAAGGAGUUGGCAAGGGAAAACAAUAUCAUAAUAAUCGCCAGUAUUCAUCAACCAUCCACGACAACGUUCCGGCUUUUCGAUAAGCUACUCCUUCUCUCUGCGGGUCGGACAUGCUAUUUCGGUCCUGUUUCAAACGUGGACGGACAUUUUGGUGAUAUUGGACACCCUAUCCCGACCAAUACCAACCCGGCGGAAUACCUUCUCGACAUCGUGAGCUCCGAUUUUAGCACUUCGAAAGUGGAUGCUGAGGACCGGGUCGAAAAGAUCCAGAAUUCGUGGAACGAAUCAGCCGAAGCAGGGAAUUUGGGCAGAGAGUUAUCUGAGCGAUUGCAUGCAGAGAGUCAGGUGGAGCAGGUAGCUGCUGAUGAUCUGGCCCGACCUGGAUCCGCCAAUGUUAUUACAGCUCUGCUGCAUCGAUCGUGGAUCAAGAGCUACCGGGAUGUGGUCGCAUAUGGUAUUCGCAUCGUGAUGUAUAUGGGUCUUUCGAUAAUGAUGGGGACGGUGUGGUUACGUCUACAUCCAUCUCAGGAGUAUAUCCAACCCUUCAUCAAUGCAAUUUUCUUCGGAUCCGCAUUCAUGUCGUUCAUGGCUGUGGCGUACGUCCCAGCUUUCCUCGAAGACCGAGCCACAUUCGCCAAAGAACGAGCCAACGGACUCUAUGGCGCAACUCCAUUCAUCAUCGCGAACUUCCUGAUUGGUCUUCCCUUUCUCUUCCUCAUCUCAAUCCUAUUCUCCAUCGUAUCAUACUGGCUCUCGAACUUCCAGCCCACGGCGGAGGCUUUCUUCACUUGGGUCAUGUGGAUCUUCCUUGACCUUGUUGCAGCAGAAUCGCUAGUUGUUCUCGUGACGUCCAUCUUCCCGAACUUCGUUAUCGCUCUUGCGUUGGUCGCAUUCGCUAAUGGGCUUUGGAUGAGCGUGGGUGGGUUCUUGGUAACACCGACGAUCCUUAAUCCGUUUUGGAAAUAUGUGUUUCACUACAUUGAUUAUCAGGCGUAUGUCUUUCAAGGAAUGAUGGUCAAUGAGUUCUCGCAUCGGACUUACUCGUGUGGCGAUGGGUGUCAGUGCAUGUAUAAUACGGAUUUGGCUUCUCAGUGUCAGAUUCGAGGUACCGGUGUUUUGGAAUCUUAUGGAUAUGCGACAGGGAGAACUGGGAAGUGGGUUGGUAUUUUGAUUGGGAUCAUCGCUGCGUACAGGCUCUUCGGGUGGAUUGCGCUUCAUCUUAGGAAGACGUGA